AUGGGCUCUUCUCAUUCCUCUGUGGAAAGUGAAAAGCAUGAAAGGGAUGUAUGGAGGACUCAUUUGGAGCAUCAAUAUGACGGAAGUCACCACCGAACGGCGGGGGUUCGAUAUCGGCGCCCCAAGCUGGACUCGCAUGCGAUUGAAGAGCGAAUGAAUGAGCUUCAACACGGAAAUCGAAAACUAAAGAAGCGACGAUAUCUCAAUAUCCUCGGUGAAAACGACCACGAGAAGUACCCAGAUCUCGAUACCUAUUACAGCACAACAAAAGAGAUACCCCGCCGACUGAUUGUCCAAGCCACCCACGAUGCCCAACAUGAUACUCGAGCGCGCCACUGGGGUCACAGCACUAUCAAAGGAAACAAACCGUUUAUUGUCUGGCUUUCUGAGCUUUGCUUGAACCCUUUUCGCUUUGACAAAUAUGACGGCGGUUUUGUGGAUGAGGACGAUGAAAAGGCUGAGGAGAUCCGGUGGAAAAAGAUGAGCCUUGCACGGAGAAUCUUCCAGACCACUAUACACUGGAUUGCCUCGACAGUUCUGACCCUGCUGCUUGCCUGGAUCAUCCAAGUCAUGUUGUCAGUCCAAGUUGUCACUGCACCUUGGAGCGACUCAGGUGAAGCUGGCUCUUAUGAAGAUUAUGAUAAUGUUCACUGGGAAUGGCCCCAUCAUGCAGUCAAUAUUCUAGACCAGUCGCCGAGCAACACGAAGCCACAAUCUACAAUCACCAAACUGAUGAUCCCCCGGCGCCUGGUGGUCAAAGACAAAUCCACCGGCAGAUGGGUUGUGAAGAUGACGGACGAACUUCGUGACAAGCACACUGGUAUGCUUCAACCAUACGUGUUUCUCAGCUUUUCUCGGGCCAAUUUCCUGGGGAUUGACGACACAAGAUUGAGGCCGUUCUUUUAUCGGGUCGCAGAAGCAGUUCUGGAACACGAAAACGCACGUCGGGAUGAAAGGGAUCCCCCCAUGGAAGCUUUCUGGCUUGACAUGGACUGUGUCGCAUCGAAUCCUCCAGUCAAGGAUAAAAAUGGAAAUAUGGUAAACCCAAUCAUGCAUGCCGACUCGGAAAUGACAAAGGACAUCAAUUCCAUUUGUGAUGCCGUACGAUGCGCAAAACGAGUCUAUGUUGUCCUACCCGACGAUCGCCCGGAAGACAAGCUGAUUUGGGGCCGACGCAUCUGGACUCUGCCCGAAGUCUUACUUGCAGCUGAUAAGAUCCGAUAUUGCAUUUCACCAUUCGAGGCCAUGCAAGGAAAUGGUGUUAUCCGAAUCAACAAUGUCUUGUUAACUGACAUGUAUAACAGCUUCUGGGCAGGCCAUCCAUCUCGCUCCCACUUGGCUGGUAACGAGAAAUGGGAUACCCAUGAAGAUGCAAUCACACACCUUGUCAACCACUAUACGAACCGAACCAAGCUGAGCGAGCUGCAGCUGUUCACCUUUGCCAUUCAGGCUUUGGCCCAACUGACUUCUGGCAAAGACACUCGGGGUGAGAGUACCGUGGAGUUAGCAUAUGCCGCCAUGGGACUGCUAGCUUAUCGGCUCACUCCUGAUGAUAAUGAAGAUGUGUUUCAAGCUGUCGCACGACUGUCUCUUUAUGCCGUCGCGAGCAGUGAUACUCUUCUGCGGAACAUUGCGGAUCCUGAUCAAUAUGCCACUCACCUAUGGGAUAUAGAUCCGAUGUGCGAUGUGGUCGGAAUUGGAAAUGACAAGUUCACGCCCACUGUCAUAACCGAUCGCUGUCGGGGUAUUCCCAUUCGGUGGAAGGGAUUUCCCAGAAUGCGAUAUGCCCAGGACCUGACCAGCUUUCGGGCAACUCUAGCACAAAGCGUCGUUUUUGCAGGCGCAUGGUUCUUCGUCACCGGAUUCGGACUCUUUUCCUCGGCUAUAUCACUAGCAAUGGCGAACAACGUCAAUACCACCGACAAAACUACCAGUAUCAACAUCGGUUCUUAUCUAUACGGAAUGGCGGUAUUUGUUGGCGUCGGAUGGGCGAUAUCCUGGUUCAGCCCACUGGCAGUGCGUCAGCUUUGCAACGGCGGAUCGUCCGGUGUUUCCUGUCAUUUGAUAGGGUUCGAAGGUACAAUGACACUCCGAAAAAUUGAGAAGGCGAUAUAUGGCAAUUACAAUGCUCGGCUUUCCUAUUCUGCAUCUUCUUCCAUCUUCUCCAAGGACCUGCGACAUGAGAAGCUUCGAAUGGGAAUCGAGCGUCCCGAUAAGAAUGGAGACCCCGAAGGGCCAGAACAUUGGAAACAGCAGAGAGUGAAGCACAAUAUCCCCGACUCGCAUCGCCUAUUCACCAUUGUGGAUACGGGUGAUUUGACCGUUACAGUGAUUGCUGCUCAGAGGCCACCUGUGGUUGCUUUGAUCGCUGGUCGCGAGGGUGGCAUGUUGCGGUCCCUGUUGUGUAGCUGGCGGUUUGAAACGAAUUGUCUGUAUCGUGAAUGUGUCAUCCGUAUGCGGAGCUCGUUGGAGGAACAGGCUACUCCGAAUGACUGGCUUAAAAUCAGUCUGGCCAGCCAAAGCGAUGUCAAUCAGACCCGGUCGCUUUACCAACCAAAGAGCCAGCCUGCGCCUCCUGUUGUUACUGGUUCCAUUCCGCCUUCAGCUCUCCCGGUUCCUCCUCAGAAAAUUCCCGUUGUCGGUCAGACCAAUGUUGAGUCACUGCAAUGA